AUACUUUAAUGGCGCUGUCCAUUGUAGCCAUUUUCUUUCUUAACGCUUGAUUUUCUUGUGAAUUUUUAACACAAAGAUAUGGGAGGAACAACCUCCAAAGCUGGCGAUGGCUUUCCCGGAACACGGGAGGAUAUCGACACAUCGUUUUUAGAACAUUUGGAUGAAGAUAUACGUAGACAAUUAGAAGACUAUGACAGAGGGAAAACUUUGAAAAUAGAAGAACUUCGUGAUAAGCUAACCAGUUUUGAUGAAGAAAGAGAAAUUGAGCGCAAGAGGUAUGACGAUACCAUCAGUGACCUUAACUCUCGACUGGAAAAGCAAGUCACAUCAUUCGUCGAUCUUCAGUCAAAUAUGGAUGGAAUAGGCGACAAAUAUAGAAAUACAUGCAACGAGUUAAGAAACUUACAGGAACAACUUGUUAGGGUGGAAAAGUCAAAGCACGAAGCCGACCUGAAUGUUUCAUCUAUAUUACUGGAGAAAAAAGAAUAUGAAAAUAUGUUAGAGAGAAAGAAAAUUGAAAUUGAUGCUCUACACGAUGAGUGGGAAAAGCUUUCGACAAAAUAUUCGGCAUCUGAAAGACAAAAGUGCGAAAUGUCAGCGUCCCUAGAAGAAUUAAAAUCAAAGUGUAAUUUAGCACAGGGAAGGGAGAGUCAGGCAAGCGAUCAACUUAAAAAUAUGAAAUUUAAGUACGACUUGCUAAUUGAAGACUUUGAAAAAAAUACGAAAGAAUUACAUAAAGUUCGAAGUGAAACUUCAUCAAAAGUUAUCCAGUUGACAUCAGAAAUUGAUGUCAAGAAAGACGAAAUUAAAUCUGCUAUGGAUUUAAACAACGAAUUACGUAGAACCAAUAAAAAUUUAGAAACUCAAGUGGCAAAUUACGUCAAGAAACUACAAGAGAUGAGAGACAAUGAUUCAAACUUAGAAGAACGUUUUACGAAUGAACUUAUGGCAAAAGAUAAACUUGUAACCAUACUGCAAACUUCACUUGAAAGUAGCGAAGCAAAGAUUAAGGAAUUAGAUACUGCUUGUACUGAAAUGAAAGGAUUACUCGAUGAUUCAACAGAAGCCUAUAAGACGCUGCAAGCAGAAAAAGCAGACCUAAAGAGUAAGAUUAUGGAGAUUAGUAAAAACAGAGAUGAUAGAAUUGAAGAAUUAAAAUUAGAACUAGCCAGAGCAAACGAACUGUUAGGCGCUUCUGGUAAUCAAUCUCAACAAGUUGAUUCGUCAUUAUUUUCUUCUCCUGUUGCAAAUGCCAGUAAACUUCUACAGAGUGGUGUAACUCUAACUCAGGUCUACUCGGAAUACAUCUCUAUGCAAGAAAAGUUGCACUUGGAGCAGUUAAACAGCAAACGUUUAAAUGAUUAUAUAAAUGAAAUUCUAAAAGAACUUGAAGAUAAAGCUCCCUUACUGAAUAAACAAAAGCAAGACUAUCAAGAGGCUCUAGAGAAUGUUAAAAGCCUAACUGAGCAGCUUGAACAGGGUAGAGAGACUUGCGAAAAAUUCCAAGUAAAUGCUGAAGAUUAUCAAAGAAGAUAUGCUAAACUGUCGAGAGACAAUGAUCGCCUCAAGCAGGAAUGUAGGGAUCUGGCUACUCAAGUUAGAUGUCUAUUGAAAGAGUUGGAGGAGGCCCGGGGUGUGGUUGUUCCAAUGAAGGAACCAUAUCAUCAAUCUUUCUCCCCUCGUACAUUAAAUUCAUCGUCUAUUAUAUCGGAAAAUUUAGUAACCUUUAAGAACAUAUCGGAACUACAGGAACAGAACCAAAAAUUACUGGCUCUUGUUCGUGAGUUAUCAACUCAACAAGAAGAUGCUGAAAAAGCAGCCGUUGAUCAGAGAACUGGCGAAUUACAAAAGAAAUUAGAAGGUGCUCUGGAUGAGAUAACUAUUAUGAAGGAUACCAGACAAAAACAAGAAAAAAUGAUAAAGCUUGUUAUUGAACAAAGAGAUACUUUCAAACAAAUAUCAAUGGACCAAGCAGUAAAGAGUCCAUCGGGAAUGAAUACCUCUGAUACUGAAAUCUCGAAAGAAGGAAAGAAAAUGCUGAAGGAAGCUCAAGAAGAAUUUGCUGCAUAUAGAAAAGAAAAAUUCGAGAAUGAUAGAAUAAUCGGUGAAGAGCUGGAGAGAUAUAGAAAGGAGAGUACUGAAGCGAAAAUGAAGUGUGCUAGAUUGUCUUCGCAGCUAGAUCACGCCCAGGAACGAUCUAAAGCCAUUCAGAGCAAUGCUGACGGCUAUAAAAAAGAAUCUGAUAUUCUGAGAGAUAGAAAUAGUAAACUGUCGGAAAUGAUCGUGAAACACGAAACUGUCAUAUCUUCACUGAAAGAACAGUUAUUAUCAGUUCAAGGAAAACUUAGCACUUUGGAAAUUAGUAAUGAAAAUCUUCGCUCAGAGAGGGAUCAUUAUAAAUCUUCAGAAACGCAGCUUCGCAGGGAACAAGAUUCGUUAAUUGCCAACCAAAAAUCAAGAGAUGUUUUGCUGGCAAACCUCAACUCUCUUCAGGAGCGAUUAGAGAAGUCUGAAAUGGAAUCCAGAACGAAGUUGGAAAAGAAGGUCGAAAUGGCUGAAAGGGAAUCUAGAGAGUUGCGAAGGAAGUUAGAUGACGUAGACAACUCGCACCGAAGCUAUGUUAAAAUGCUACAGGGUCAAAUGGAAAGCAUGAAAGUUGAAAAGGAUGCUAUGUACGACUCACUUCAAAAAUCUCGAGAAGACUUGGCAAUUUCCCAAGAGAGGACUGUCGAGUCCUCUGGAGAUUCUCUGCGCAACGUUUCCACAACACAUCCAGUUAGGCAAUUUUACAAUUUAGAAGAGGAAGUCAAAGAACUACGGUACGAGUUAGAAGAAUCCAGAAGAAAACAGCAAGAAAUGGAAGAAAUGAUAUCAGUCAAUAAAAAUCAUGUAACUGAAUACAGAGAAUUGGCUGAAAAGUAUGAAAAGCAACUCAGUGAUCAGAACAACUCAGUUAAUGAAUUACAGAAGAGAUUAUCUGAAAAAUCAGAUGAACUCUCUAAUCUUCGCAGUGUUUUUGAAAAGUCCACUAAUGAUCUAAAUGAAGAAAAUAAGAGACUAUUGAAUGAAGUUUCAAAACUGUCAUCAUCUAACAGAAGAUCUAUGACGGAACUUGGCUCUGUUGAAUUGGAAACUGAAUUGUCUCAACUACGUCAACAAGUUGAAGAGCUUAAAAAUACAGAAAAACAAGCAAUAGAAGAUAGAGAUUCUCAACAGAAAAUAGCUGAAGAAUCACAGAAGAAAUUUGAAAAUGAGAUGCUACUGCACGCAUCUGACUUAAAAGCACUUCAAGUAGUUAAAGAACAGCUUGAAAAGAAAUCAGGUGAAUUGAAUCAUUUCGAACGACUUGCAAUUGAUGCUCAGAAGAAACUAGCAGAUCUAAAAGAUUCCUUCGUAAUUAAAGAAGCAAAAUUAUUAGAUAACAUUGUUAGACUACAAGACAGAGGAAAAGAAUUGCAGAACCAGAACGAUACACUCCAUAAAGAACUAGAGCAGAUUGGUGAGAAGUUGCUGACAAUGGAAUCUAAAUCAUCAAGCGUGUUGGCUCAUGGAGAAAUAUCUGAAAUGACUGCUGAAGAUAUUUCAACUUCACCAUCAAGUCAGGUUGUCGAAAUCAUUAGAUUUUUAAGAAGGGAAAAAGAAUUAGCAGAGAGAAAACUAGAAGCUUCCGCACAAGAAUGCGAAAGAAUUAGAAAGCAACUUCAAAUACAUACUGUUGACUUGGAGGAUGUAAAACAGAGUUUGAAAGAAGAAAUUGAAAAGAAUGAGAGUAAACAGCAGCAAGCAGCAGAACAUGCCGAACUGUUACAUAAAAUUGAGCAAUUGAAUUUACUGCAAGAUUCUAAUCGUCUAUUGCGAGAAGAAAAGGAACGCCUGCAAAGUCAACUAAAGGUUUGUCAUGAGAGAAUUCAGCAUCUCGAUAUGUCCAUACAACCUUUGGAGUCCAUGAAAAGAAUGUUAGAAGUUGAAAAAGAAACCCAAGGAGUUGAAAUUAAAAGUUUACGAGAAGAGGUUGCGAACUGGAAGGAAAGGGCAAAUAAGUUAAUCGAACGCUACAAUAAGACUGAUCCUGAUGAGCAAAAAAAAUUACUAGAAGAAAGAGAUACGCUAAAAAAAUCUAACUCGCAAUUAAUGGAAGAAUUGCAUAAACAUAAGGCAGAAUGUUCUGCUUUACGUUCUCAAUUAAACACAGCACAGGCUAACGUUCAAAAACUAGCAACUCAAUUGAAUCAAUUAAAGCAGGAAAUCGAGACAAAAACAAAAGAUAUGAAUAAAAUAAACGUUGAUUUAUCUCAAGCUCAAAAAGAGUUAAAUAGUAUUAAAACGACAUCUGAUGCCAAAGGAAGGGAAGUAGACUCUUACAAGCAGCUUUAUGAAAACUCAAAGCAGGAGUCUGAAAAUCUUAAGAAAGAAAAGGAAAAAACGGACUCCGAACUAAAGCAAGCUAUCGAUGAUAGGGACAAGGUCUCCAAGAAUAUUAUUCAAAUAAAAAAAUUAGCUCGAAAGUAUAAAACUCAAGCUGAUGAAUUAACUACAAAGGUUAAGUCAUUAGAUGCAGCAAAGGGUCAGACUGGCGAACCAGUAGAGGGCGAAAGAACGAAACUCCUGGAAGAGAAAGUUACUCAACUAGAAGCCGAACUUGAAGAAGCCAAAUCAGUGACGGAAGAAAAACAGAAAUUAAAAACCCAAUUAUCUGAUGCAAACGAAAAAUUGCAUGAUGCGGAAUCAAAAUACGGAGAUGUUGAUAAACUUAUGACAUCGAAGGAUACACAAAUUGGUGAAGCAAUGACUAAAAUUGAACAGCUAGAAAAGGAGAUUUCUGCCCUGCAAGAACAAUUGGCCAAAGCAGCUGCGGAGAAUGAGAAACUUCAAACCGAUCUUAAAAAUCAAAAGAGAAUAUUGAAAGGGGCUAAGAAGAAACUCAAUGAUGACAAGGUUGAAAUCGAUGAAAUGAAAGAGUAUAAAGUAUCAAUGGAAGGCAAAUUUAGUACUUUAGAAGCACAAAUUUCGUCUCUUGAAGGAGAAUUGUCUACCCAAAAGAACGCUCAAGAAGAAGUAGACGCAGCUUUGGUACAAGCUCAGGGAGAAAUUGGUCGUCUGAGCGAAGAAAAUACGGCUUUAAGAGAUAAAUUAAACAUGGGUCCCGGUACCUCUGUAACGAAAAAGCCUGCUCCUAAGCAAGCUCAGCCUGUCAAACCAGUCACUGUCGUAGCACGUCAACCUACAAUGCCGGUUGCCCGUCAAGUAGAAGCCAGAAUAAGGCCGAUAACGUCAGUAACGCCUACAGCUACCGUCAUCCCUAUGAGCGCUGUUACAGCGUCUCAUCAAGCUGAAUUAAAUACAGGGGAAACUGGUCAAGCAGUAUCUACAAGUUCGAUGGCAACUGCGGUGACGAGCGGAAAUUUAGUAACAACUGGCAGUCAUCAGCACUUCGUUGACGUGCCUCCUACUCUUAUCGGAACUACGCAGCCAACUUCCGAGCACGCCACUGUCGUGACGUCGGCAGCUAUAUCCGGUCAGGAGCAGACAGGCUUAGAGCAUGUCUCAACUAGUACAAAUACAUCGAAUAACGUUCUUAUCGAGUUGGCACCCUGUAUUCCGUCCACUUCUCACGAGCAGUCGUCAAAUGGCUCUAGCACUAUACCGACAGCCAGCAAAAGACCACGCGAAGAACCAACUAUAAGUACUGAUCCAGAACAUUUAGAAGGAGAAGAUUUAUCCAAUCAACCUAUUAUAAAGAAAGCUCGACAGGAAGAAGAAUCAGAAGAUAUUGAAGAAACAAACGAGGAAAACGAAGACUUAGCGUUAGCAGAAACUAGCGAUCAAGAAAAUGAACCUAUCGCCGGCGGUGAAAAUAUGGAGGAAAUCGGAGUGGAAAUCGAUGAAAAUCCUGAAGAGUCGGAAGGGGACGAGGGAAAAGACGAAGAAUUAGAUACUGUUAGUGCCGAUGAGCCAGAACAAAGUGAGGCAAUUGACACAGGUCGAUCGACAGAACAAGAAUAUCACUUAUCUCCGUCAUCUUCAACCAAUGAAGAAACAGCAAAUAUUUCUGAAAGGGUAGCACCAAGAGAAGCUGAUUCUGCAGAAGACGCUGGCUCUCAGCAGCCAGAGGCUACCGAAGAUGAUUCAGUAGAAGAAGGUCAACUUCAAGAAAGCGAGCAAAGUGACGAAACGAAGGAAGAAGAAGUUCACUCUCCUUCUCCUAGCAAACCUGGACCUUCUACUGAGGAACCUUCCUCAACUACUACUGUUCAACAACAACAACAACAGGAGCAGGUAUCAACAGGAAAACGUAUUCAGAAGAUCGUUUGGGGUGACAACAGCGCCACCUCUAGUAGCACUCCUCAACGUUCCACAGUCGUUACUCAGCCCAUUCCCCACAUCUCACCAAGUCCAGCUCGCGGUCAACAGAAAGCCAGAAGAUCGAUUCCCGUCCUUCCGGGAACAGCUCGGGGCAGUAAUAAUAAUUCACGCGGUCAAUCGCCGAAUCGAGGGGUGUCGGCUAGAGGUCGUGGUGGUCGAGGGAGAAGCAGGCCUUGGCGUGGAAUGUGA